AUGAAACAGAAAACCAAAGUUCGUGUUCCGCGAAUGAGCAUAGCAGCAAGAGACAGCUCUGCCAAUUUCCACACUUCAUGGGCUGUGCUGGCUGCUUCCAUUCGUGAAAUCCAUACAAAAAACGCCUCGCACCUAUCCUUCGAAGAAUUGUACCGAAAUGCAUACCAGCUCGUUCUUAUAAAAAAGGGUCUAGACCUCUACGAUCACGUAGUCGAACUGGAAAGGAACUGGCUUCAAAAUGAGGUGCUAGCAAAAGUUACCGCGGUUAUUGCCCCAUCGCUUGCUUUGGCAGGGGACACGGUAGACACCCUGGAUCAAACAAACGAAAGAAAAUUAGCUGGCGAACGCUUUUUGCUGAGGCUCAAAGAAGUCUGGGAAGAUCAUCAGCUUUGUAUGGGCAUGAUUACAGAUGUGCUUAUGUACUUGGAUAAACAACGCCCGUCGAUCUACUCCAUGGCAAUGUUAUUAUUCAGCGAUUACAUCCUGAAGGCAUAUGUCGGAGGUGAUAGGCCGAUAACGGUUGCCGAGGUCUUUGAGGACACUGUUCUACUCAUGAUCCGUCUAGAACGAGAAGGAAAUAUUAUUGAUCGAGCUCUAAUACGGCAUUGCAUGUACAUUCUUGAAGGCCUGUAUGAAACAGACAAGGAAGAGGAGUCGGAGAAGCUUUAUGUUACUUCUUUUGAACCCGCUUUUCUGGAGUCGAGCCGGCUUUUCUACCUCGCAGAAGGCCAGCACCUCCUCGCCACAGCAGACGCCUCCACUUUCUGUAAACGGGUAGCGGAAAGGCUACAAGAGGAGGAAGAUCGCUGUCGACACACAUUGUCUCCUAUGACAGAACACAAGAUCAAACAGGUUAUCGAUGAAAACUUGAUUGAACAACACAUCGGAGAUGUCAUGGCUUUGCCAGAUAGCGGGGUCAAAUACAUGCUAGACAACGAUCGAUUAGGAGACUUGAAAAAUGUCUACGAGUUGAAUUCAAGGGUCGACGUCAAAAAACGGGCAUUGACAUCCGCUGUACAGGGUCGGAUUGCUGAACUAGGAUCAGAGAUAAAUAUAGCAGCCAAUGAAAUUCCCCAAGGGCCUCUACCGAUCCAAAAACCACCAGAACAAUCCCAAAAUGGAACCAAGGUUAAGGGCACUGAUGACAAAGGCCCAGUAAACCUACAGACUGCAGCUGCAAUAAAAUGGGUAAAUGAUGUUCUGCAGUUGAAGGCCGUGUUUGAUAAAGUUUGGGAGCAGGCUUUCAUGCGGGAUCAAGCAAUGCAAACAUCUAUUACAACAAGCUUUGCUGAUUUUAUCAAUGUGAAUUCUCGAAGUUCGGAAUAUCUGUCACUGUUCUUUGAUGAAAAUUUGAAAAAAGGAAUUCGAGGUAAAACAGAGGAAGAAAUAGACACUCUUUUGGAGAAUGGAAUCACCCUACUCAGGUAUAUUCGCGACAAGGAUUGCUUCGAGAGCUAUUAUAAGAAACACCUUUCCCGGAGACUCCUCAUGAAGCGAUCCGCAAGCACAGAGGCAGAACGGCAGAUGAUCGAAAAAAUGAAAAUGGAAGUCGGUAACACUUUUACUCAAAAAUUAGAAGCGAUGUUCAAGGAUAUGGAGCUGUCCAGUGGUCUCACAUCCAAGUAUGCGAACUAUGUAUCGCAACAAGGAGACCCGAAUCUAAAACGUAUUGACCUCGAAAUAAGCGUGCUCACAAGCACCAUGUGGCCGAUGGAAAUGGUUACCAGCUCCAAUAAAAACGGCACUCCUUCUGCUCAUUGCAAUUACCCGAAGCACAUCGAACAGCUCAAGCAAAGCUUCGAACAAUUCUACCUCGGACAACACAACGGACGCAAACUUUCAUGGCAGUCUGGUAUGGGCACUGCCGAUAUUCGUGCUACGUUUCCGCGACCCAAUGGGAAAGUCGCUCGUCACGAUUUGAACGUAUCCACCUACGCUAUGGUCAUUCUCCUCCUCUUCAAUGAUCUGCCUGCAGAUAAAUCUCUCACUUUCGAAGAAAUCCAAGCGCGGACAAAUAUCCCAACCAGCGAGCUCUCGAGAAACUUGCAGUCACUCGCUGUAGUGCGGAAAACUCAGGUUUUAAUGAAAGAACCUAUGAGUAAAGACGUGAAGCCGACAGACCGAUUCUUCUUCAACGAAAAAUUCCAAAGCCCGUAUACUAAAAUUAAGAUUGGUGUUGUCAGCAGUGCAGGCAACAAAGUUGAAAAUAAGGACGAGCGGCAGGAAACAGAAAGGAAGAUGAGUGAAGAGCGUGGUGGCAGCAUCGAAGCAGCAAUUGUUCGAAUUAUGAAACAAAGAAAAACGCUUUCUCACUCCCAAUUGAUGGCAGAAGUAAUCUCUCAGCUGGCCUCUCGGUUCAACCCCGAAGUGAACAUGGUCAAGAAGAGAAUCGAAAGUCUGAUCGACCGCGAAUACAUCGAUCGAAUUCCCGAUUCUGACCCACCAGCUUAUGUAUAUCACGCAUAG